GCGCUGAAUCCUGGGAAUUGUAGUCUCCUGACUCUCCCUCCAGGCUCUGGCUUGGAGUCGUUACCUAGGCAACCGAAUGUAAACAAGAUGGCGGCGCCAGCCUGAAGCCUCAAGAUGGGCGGAAUUUAAAACUGUAAAUUCAUGGUAAACGAUGACGUCUCCUCUUUCCUCUCUGGGGAAGAUUCGCAGGAUGCCACUCCAGUUGCAGACACCAGGAAAAAGGACAGCACCUUUCAAAGAGAGCAUUCAGAAUGAGGAUGAAGCUGCAAUGAUGGAUGAAAUCCUGGGGCCCAGAGCUCAGAUUCCAAUCAGCAGGCCUUCAUGCUCAGAUGGAACUGCAGAAAAACCAAUGGCGCUGGGGUCUGCUCCCAACGAUAUGGAGCUGAUGACCUCCAUGAUGCAGAAGAUUGCUUCCUUGGAACAGAGCAUCAAGAGCCAAGCACGGGCAAUAUACCACAAGGAUAAGAAGAUCGAGGAGCUUGAGGCGCAGAUAAAAAUCCUUAAGAAAGGAAAAGAUGAAUCUUCUUGGGUGAGCAGAGCAGAGGAACUGGAAGUGAUAUGCCUUAAGUUGCAGCAUCAGGUCUGGGAAAUGGAGCUGUUUCUGAAUGACUAUGGAUUAAUCUGGGUUGGAGAAGGGACAGACUCUUUGGGAGAAGUGCAGGCACAAAGUGAUGAAAGGAGUGAACUGUCAAAGCGUUACUGGAAACCAGGUGAAUCCAUCGUUUCGGAAACCAAUUUUGAUUUAAUUUUUGCAAAUCUGAAAGACUUAAAUGCUUUGGCUGGGGAAGGCAUGUCCCAAAUCGAGCACACGGCAGGGGGUGCUAGGCUGAAGCAGCUGGACUCAAUCCCCAUUACCUUCUAUCAAAAUGGGAUUGUCAUGUUCAAAGGGCCUUUCCGGUCAUAUGAAGAACCUUCCACACAGCAACUCCUGCGAGAUAUCAUGGACGGUUUCUUCCCUUCUGAGCUGCAGAGACGUUACCCAGAUGGUAUCCCAUUUCAGGUCACCGACAAGAGAGACACCUUCUUUCAGGAGAGGAAGCUGCAGCAUAAAAAUUUUCCGGGCCAGGGCCAUGUCAUUGGCCUUGCCAGACCAAGCGGACUAAAGGAGACAAAUGAGAUACCAGGUCCUAAGCUCACCAUGGAGCAGUUUUUGAAUAAGCUUCCAAAGUCACGGAUUCAAGAUGGGCAAGUGAUCGAUAUCCGAGGAGAAAUUAAAAAAACCCUCCAGGGCUCAGGUGGGAAAAGCCACGAAGUGAUUGUGGUGGAGACCCCCAGCAUUGCAGCAAUGAAGAAGAGGUUGGAAGGGAAUGAAAAGAAGAAGGCCUCCAACCCCAAUGUCACAACUCUUCGGAUAAAGUCAGAGAAUGGGGAGAAGACCUAUAUCAUCAAGAUGCCAUUCACCGAGACCAUCGGAGACCUGCGCCAGCAUCUUGCCCGGAGCAGGGGAGAAGAAAUGGAACCUUAUGAGAUCAUCAGCACUUUUCCUUAUCGAGUGUAUAACAACAACUUCAUGACGCUGGAGGAGUGUGGGCUGGUCCCCAAUGCCUCACUUCGGCUGCAGAAAAGGGCCCCGUCAACCAAAUCAGAAGGGCAAUAAGUGUAAUGGUUUACAGUGGAUGAUUCAUCAGGCUUGGCUGCCACUCA